AUGUCGAACAUUCAGAGAACGAAUGGCAAAUAUCUGUGGUGGUCUCUUUUGGGUCUUGGAUUUCAACCUGAAGUCGCAGCAUCAUCAGGGGCCAGCAAAGCCAAUGUCAAACACAUCAUUCUUGGACCGUAAGUGUUGAUUGUUGUGGUAACAGUUAAAGUUAACAGUAUCAACAUCAGUCGUGUAACCCUGUUUCAAUCCAGUGAGACAAACUGGCGAUGGCAUGACAAUUAAAAUAAACUAAUAGGCAGAGACAGACGGACUAUUCUCUCAGGUCAGUCAAAAGCCUGUUUUGACACCAGUUUCUUUCUCUCACCAACAGCAAUAUGUUUGACAAACCAAACAAGGAUGCUUUCUACAUAGUUACCCAUUUCCUGUUAGAGAAACUCAACCCCACACGCUCCCACGAUGCAUACAGGUAUGGUGACGGUCCCAUUCCCGGCUUGUUGUUUUUCUUCACACUUUUGUAAUUUUCUGCAAUUAUGUACAUUAAUAUGCUGGGUCUUGUAUGUAGGCAUUGCUGGCCAGUGUUGGACCAUAAAGCAGAUGCUGAAUUCCGUAAGGUGACCUGUGCUUGGCUGCGAGAUCUAAUGGUAAGGAUUUGGCAUGUCUUUCAGGUGUACAGGAUUUGACAUACUUGUUGUAGCAUGGCUGUUAAACAGGUCUAAAGCAUUUGAACAUGAUCUGUGCUUUCAGGAUGAGCAGGGCAGCACAGUUCCCAAAGUGGUGGCGUCACUGUUCCUCUCGCCUGGUGGUCCCAAGUUCGUCAACCUGAUGCUCCAUCUAGCCAAUUAUAUUGAGUUGCAGGAGAUGAAGACAUUUUCUACAGGUAGGAAGGCCAGAGAGGAAGAGGUGACGUGAGAAGGUUGACUCCGCCCAAAAUAUGUCCACGAAAAUAAGUAAAUAAUAAAUUAUUUUUGUAUGGAGGUCAAUGAGUGUCGAAUUUGCUACGUGAGGCUUAUUUUAUCAAAUAUAAGUUUUGUAAUGAUGAGGUUUCUACGAAUGCACUGAUAAGGAUGCAUGUGGUAUUUCAGCAACUUUGGAAAAAAAUACUAUCGGAGUUGUGCCUGUUGUUCACACGCAUAUCUGCCCUCUCAUUGGCUAGAAUGCUCCCACCUGAUCUCGCCUGCCUUCCAUCUUUAGGGACAUGUAUUUCCAUUGUUAGAGCAGUCACUCUACUAUCUUGUCAAUAUAAUAGAUCAUCUUUGGGAAGGCCUGUGUAUAACUAAUGUUUGGACUUAAAGGCGUACUCCAUUGAUUUUCUUCUGCCUGUGAAUUGCAAGCGUCUGUCUAGUUGUUUUACAAUGUGUGUUAUUAGAUGGCACGUGGGUCCCAGAGGCGGCGGCAGCCCCUGCCUCUUCUGUGCAAAUGGCGCUGAAGCGGUUUCAGCUGGUCAAAACCAGAUUCCUGAGGGGAGCUGUGGAGCAGGACCGGAUGCUGCAGGAGUACCAGAGGCAGGCCCAGUAAGUCACAUGGCAACUGCACAAACCACAAGCAUUGGAUAUGUUUCAGAUACAGUUAUUUUCCUUAUAUUUACAAUGCCUAGAAAAGUGUCCCAUUUUUGUUGACAAUUUCAGUUGGAUAAAAAAAAAUCUGUCCUUUCAUUGGCUAGGUAUCAUGUGAGUCUGACUAAUUAGCACAGGUGCAAAUGAUGAGCAGGCAAUCAAGCCUCAUUAUAAAACAAGGUGGUCACAGUGGUUAAGAGUUUGUAUGCUCUGAAUGUCUUGCUUUUGUCAGUCAACUGGGCUGCGUUUACACAAGCAGCUAAUUCUAAUUAUUUUCACUAAUUUAUACUUUGACCAAUCAGGUGAAAAGAUGAGAAUUGGGCUGCCUGUGUAAACACAGCCCUGUUGGUUAUUUUCUAAUGUGCCUGGUUUUGCCAUUCUACAUCUGUGUCCUUCUCUUGUAGAUCUCAAGUGAAGUCUUUGCGGGAUUUGAGGGCUGAAGAUGCAAAGUAUGAUGAUUUGCUCAAGUAUGUAUGAGUAUUCCAUCUAUCCUUUUAAAUAAUUGUUUGGGUUGUAGUUGAUCUGUUUUCAGUUCACUUUUGGCAUAAAACAUUAUGCUCAAAGUACCAAUAAACAAUGGCAGCUGGUUAAAUUCUUAUUUCCCCCGCACAGGUGUCGCAAGAAAGAAGCUGACAAGGAGGAAACUCCUCAAGCUGAGAAGAUUCAAAAGGUUUUUCCUUAAUUUCAUAACUGAUGUCUACUUUGUAAAACAUCACUAGAAACUGACAUUCAUUACAUUUCUAUCUGCAAUGUUCUGACCCUUUCACAUCUGAACAAACCCCAGGUGCGCUCCCUGUGGUCAUCCAUCGACAGAGUGCUGUCCACCCUGGAGGAGGAGCGGCGCGUGGUGGAGUGUGUCAUCAGGGGAGAUGUGGUCCAGUACAACCUGGACGGGACAGGCCUGGCCCUCAAAAUCCCCCGGGUUCUGCUGGAGCGGAUAGAGCAGUUAUCCCACCUGGUGAGAAGCACAAUUAUAGCAUUGCCUUUUUAGGUUAGUGGGUGACGGUGCAUUUGGAACCCAGUCCAUAUUUCAGUGCAAUGUUUCCCAAAUCUCUCCUUGAGUACUCCCAGAUGUUCCACGUUUGAUAUGUUCUAGAACUAGCGCAACUGAUUAAACUAAGUAAUAGUGAUUAGUUGACCAAUUGAAUCUGGUAUGCUAGUGCUGGAAAUUCAUAAAAUAAGUGGAACUUGAAGGGGGUACUGCUGUAGUCUGUGUUUAUCACUAAGCUGUGUGUGUGUCAGUCGGGUGUGGGCAGUGUGUACGAGGCAGGCCAGCUGAACCUCCUCAGCAUGCUGGAGCUGCUCCACCAGGCCCUAGGCCUCCUGGGGGAGGAGAGGGCCAAGAUGGCAGGACACACCCCCAUUGCUCAGCUCCACCCCCUGCUCCUGCAGGAGAGAAACCUGCAGAUGGCCCGCGCCCUGGAGGACCUCCGACUCAUGCGGUGGGUUAAACUGUGCUAUCGCAAGCCUGCUUGUUGGAAAUAGUCUUCCCCUGCUACCCAGUUCGUAUGUAUAUCUGUUUGAAUUGCGUAGCAGCAUGUCAUUCAUUUAUUUGAAAACAAGACAUGGCGGCAGCAAUUUAAAUCUCAUCUUGAACUGUAGUAAUAAAGCUAUUUUAAACUUUGUUGCUCCUUUCAUCCCACUGUCUCGCUCUUAUUCCAGGAAGAGGAUUUCAAAGGAGGAAAUUCCAGAGGUAAAGAGCGUCAUCAGGAAGUUGGAGAUGGAGUGGGACCAGAAGUGGGCAGACUGUCUGAAAUGCACGCCGCUGACCUCGUUUCUCAACGAGGAUCCUGUAAGUACCUCUUAGGGUUUAUAAUAAUAAUAAUAAUUAUAAUAAAAAUAAUUGGUCAUUUAGCAGACGCUCUUAUCCAGAGCGACUUACAGGAGCAAUUAGGGUUAAGUGCCUUGCUCAAGGGCACGUCGACAGAUUUUUCACCUAGUCGGCUCAGGGAUUAGAACCUGCGACCUUUCGGUUACGCUCUUAACCACUAAGCUACCUGCCGCCGGUUUGUGACCUGGAUGUAUUAAAUGGACGCUCUGUCCAGAUAUGUGGUCCUCUGUAGCUCAGCUGGUAGAGCACGGCGCUUGUAACGCCAGGGUAGUGGGUUCGAUCCCCGGGACCACCCAUACACAAAAAUGUAUGCACGCAUGACUGUAAGUCGCUUUGGAUAAAAGCGUCUGCUAAAUGGCAUAUUAUUAUUAUUAUUAUUAUUAUAACCAGUAGCCCCUACCCCCUAGGCCAGUGCUAUUCAACUACGACAGCUGUAAUCUUUAACUUUACUGACUUUAUUGUCCCCAUGGGGAAAUGUUGUUGCAGUGUCAUGUACACAUUUAAAGUGGCAUUUAAAUACAAUACAACAUUCAUAACAGUUACAUACCAAUAAAAAGAGACUAGCCUGCUGGCCUUACUGGGUCGAUAGGAACAAUGGCCUGCUGGCCUUACUGGGUCGAUAGGAACAAUGGCCUGCUGGCCUUACUGGGUCGAUAGGAACAAUGGCCUGCUGGCCUUACUGGGUCGAUAGGAACAAUGGCCUGCUGGCCUUACUGGGUCGAUAGGAACAUUGGCCUGCUGGCCUUACUGGGUCGAUAGGAACAAUGGCCUGCUGGCCUUACUGGGUCGAUAGGAACAAUGGCCUGCUGGCCUUACUGGGUCGAUAGGAACAAUGGCCUGCUGGCCUUACUGGGUCGAUAGGAACAAUGGCCUGCUGGCCUUACUGGGUCGAUAGGAACAAUGGCCUGCUGGCCUUACUGGGUCGAUAGGAACAAUGGCCUGCUGGCCUUACUGGGUCGAUAGGAACAAUGGCCUGCUGGCCUUACUGGGUCGAUAGGAACAAUGGCCUGCUGGCCUUACUGGGUCGAUAGGAACAAUGGCCUGAGCUAUUUAGGAGGGAUGUCACACCUUGCACAAAUGAUUGUCUAGUUGUGUUUUUCCUGCCGAGGGGUGCCCUAUACCUGCAUCCAGAGGGGAGUAGUUCAAAGUCCGGGUACGGGGGGUGGCUUGGGUCUAAAAUGAUUUUGUGAGCUUUGCGGAGGGCUCUGACCUUAAAGAUCUCAUCCAGGCCUGUCUGUUUGACUCCACGUACCUUACUUGCUGUGGUGAUAAUCCUUCUCAGCAUAUUUCUCUGGUUGACAGUGGCAUUGCCAAACCAACAAACAAUACAAAAAGUUGUAGAUGUCUAUAGACCAUUUUGAGGAGAAUGGCUUCAUCAACUCCUCUGCUGGGCUGAUAGAAACUGAAACGGGUCGAGGAACUUCUGGGUGGCGCUGAGGAUGACUUUUCACAAUUUUCUCAAAGCAUUUCAUUACUAAGGAUGUCAAGGCGACAGGGCGGUAGUCAUUCAGCACAGAGGGAUUAGAUGCUUUAGGAAUGGGUAUAAUUAUUGAGUUUUUCCACAAUACUGGCACGUGUUGCUGGUCGAGCAAGGAUUGGAAAAUGUCUAAAAACACCAGCCAAUUGUUCAUCACAGUGCUUUAACACAUGUCCACUUAUUUUGUCUGGGCUUUUGUGUGCGUUACAUCCCCUGAACAACUUCAAAACAUCAACCUGUUUAAAAGCAACCCUCUCAAACAUUUGUAAUGAUGCUUCCAUUUGUUUUACCUCUGACACAAAGUCAUCCGAUUCAAAUCUUGAGAAGAAAACAUUCAGUUCAUUAGCCAUGUUCUGGUCCUCAUGUCUCCCAAGGUCAGCAUUGGUUUUUCCCCUGCCUGUGUGGGAGGGCACUAGCCAUGGAUUUAAUCCCUUGCCAGGCCACCCUUGAGUUUCCUGAGGAGAGGGUCCUCUCCACCCUUUGCUUUAUGCCUCCUUGUCCACCAGUAUCUGUCUUUUGAUCUCAUGCUGUACAUCUCUUAAAGCCUGUCUUUUACCCUCAGCAUAAACUGCCUUCUUCCUAUUAAGUAGGGAUUUUAUAUUUUGUUAGGGAAGAUUGUACAGGUUUUAGUAGGCACAACAGACUCAACACAGAAGUUGACAUAGUCUGAAACAACAUCUGUGAGUUUCUUUAAGAUCAGAGCUUCUGUCCUCAUAUACCUCCCACAUAGUCCAGUCAAAACACCCUUGGAGACAAGUGAUACUGUUGUCGUUCCAGAUCUGGACAGUUUUAACUGUAGGUUUCUCCCUCUCCGGGAGCCGACAGUAGGUUGGCCGGAGGUAGACAACAUUGUGGUCGGAUGUCCCCGGGGGAGGUCUGGUGGUGGCAGAAAGCAUUUGGUAUUGUCCUAUAGCACAAAUAAAGAGUCGUGUUUUUCCUAGUGUGACAUUUCACAUACUGGUGGUACGUGCGCAGGACCUUGUGCAAAGUACAGUUGUUAAAAUCCCCUAAAAUAAAUGUGGGUGCGUCGGGGAGAUGGAUUCCAGUUUCUGUGACCGAUUAUAAAUAAUUUCUGAUGCCUUUGCGAUAUUAGCUUUUGGUUGAAUGUACACAAUGGUAACAAACAAUUGGGGGAACUCACGGGGCAGAUAGAAGGGUCGCAGUGACACAGAAAGCAGUUAAAUGUCAGGGGUACAGAGUCUCUCUCUUACCAGGAUCGAUUUACACCACUGCUCCCUGACAAGCAGGCAGACGUCCCUGCCGUGAUGUUUCUCUGUGACGGUCAGAUCACGGUCUGCUCUGACCAGUGUGAAGCCGGCCAGCUCCACUUCCCUGUCCGGGACUCUGUCAUCCAGCCAAGUCUUAGUAAACGCCAGCAAACAGGCCUCCAGGUAUUCGUGUUGGAAGCGCAGAUUCGCUGACAGCUCAUCCACUUUCCCCCUCAGUGACUGGGCAUUGAUCAGCAAGGUGGUGGGUAAGGGAAGUUUGCUCUUUAAUUUUUUAAGUCUGUCUGAUUCCCCUGCGUUUUCCACGUUUGUAAUCUACUCGCAGACAAUCGGGGAUUAGAUGGGCCAUUGGGAUAUCCAUCGCAUUCGUGUUUGAGUUGCAUUGUAGUAGGAACUCUCUGCUGUAUUGGAUUCCGCUGCCAGCAGCAUUUUCAUAAUGUAGUCUGUUUGUAGCGGGUCUGUACACGAUCAACAAGAUCAGUCCAACACCCCACCUCUGUAAAGCCAUCGUUGACAGAUGGUUUACAAACAGUGUACAAAUUAAAAACAUUUACACUACCAGUCAAAAGUUUGGACACACCUACUAAUUCAAGGAUUUUUCUUUAUUUUUACUAUUUUUUACAUUGUACAAAUAAGCAAAGAGAAACGACUGUCCAUUACUUUAAGACACUUUGAAAGUUUCUUCAAGUGCAGUCGCAAAAACCAUCAAGCGCUAUGAUGAAACUGGCUCUCAUGAGGACCGCCUCAGGAAUGGAAGACCCAGAGUUACCUCUGCUGCAGAGGAUAAGUUCAUUAGAGUUACCAGUCUCAGAAAUUGCAGCCCAAAUAAAUGCUCCACAGAGUUAGUCACAGACACAUUUCAACAUCAACUGUUCAGAGGAGACUGCUUGAAUCAGGCCUUCAUGGUUGAAUUGCUGCAAAGAAACCACUACUAAAGGACACCAGUAAGAGGAGAUCUGCUUGGGCCAAGAAACAUGAGCGCAAUGGACAUUAAACCGGUGGAAAUGUGUCCUUUGGUCUGGAGUCCAAAUUUGAGAUUUUUGGUUCCAACCGCCGUGUCUUUGUGAGAUGCGGUGUGGGUGAACGGAUUAUCUCCGCAUGUGUAGUUCCCAACGUAAAGCAUGAAGGUGUUAUGGUGUGGGGGUGCUUUGCUGGUGACACGGUCUGUGAUUUAUUUAGAAUUCAAGGCACACUUAACCAGCAUGGCUACCACAGCAUUCUGCAGCGAUACGCCAUCCCAUCUGGUUUGGGCUUAGUGGGACUAUCAUUUGUUUUUCAACAGGACAAUGACCCAACACGCCUCCAGGCUGUGUAAGGGCUAUUUGACCAAGAAGGAGAGUGAUGGAGUGCUGCAUCAGAUGACUUGGCCUCCACAAUCCCCUGACCUCAACCCAAUUGAGAUGGUUUGGGAUGAGUCGGACCGCAGAGUGAAGGAAAAGCAGCCAACAAGUGCUCAGCAUAUGUGGGAACUCCUUCAAGACAGUUGGAAAAGCAUUCCAGGUGAAGCUGGUUGAGAGAAUGCCAAGAGUGUGCAAAGCUGUCAUCAAGGCAAAGGGUGGCUAUUUUGAAGAAUCUCAAAUAUAAAAUAUUUUGAUUUGUUUAAAACUUUUUUGAUUCCAUGUAUGUUAUUUCAUAGUUUGGAUGUCUUCAGGAUUAUUCUACAAUGUAGAAAAUAGUAAAGAUAAAGAAAAACCCUUGAAUGUGUAGGUAUGUCAACUUUUGACUGGUACUGUAUGUUAAAAGCAUAAAAGAACGCCACACCAAACGUCACACACACACUGCGCGAUGCAACAGAACCGCGCCCCCUCAGUAAUCUCCCUCUCUCUCCCUUCAGGCCCUUGAUUUUCUGUGCCCCAUGGCUCCUCUGUCCUUUGAGCCGGCCACAGAAGCCAGCUUUAAAUCCAGCGUUUUCUCCCAGUAUCCGGCGAAGCUGCCCAGUGAGUAUAGGGAAACAAAAUAUUUCCUCUUCCAAGUUGCUUUAUUGUUUAACUGCAUAUUUGAACAAAUGUUACCUUGUGUUUUUUGUUCUUCUUAACUUAGAAUUUUCUGAGGAGAAGCUUGCGGAGACUGACUCCAUUCCAAUGGAGACGGUUACCAAAAUGGAUUCUGCCCUCAAACGGUAUAUUAAUACUCAGCAUGCCUUGUUUUCGUUGCUAAUGGGCAACUAUUAGUCUGAUUCCUCUGUAUUGUGUUUUUGAUGGGAGGCAGAUACCUGGGCAGUCCUGAGCUGUGAUCUGUCUGUCACUAGUCCUCCCUAUAGCAUACCUGUUCUCUGAUGACCGGGGCGAGUUGAGUGAAAUCGCAACGGACAGAUACGGAGCAGACAACAAUUAUCCAAAUAUCAACUUUUUUUUAGCUCCAUCAACCUCAUUUUAUCCACAGAGGUCUUUAUAAGAUGUCUCUUUUUGAACAGCCUUUGCCCUCCAGCUGUUGAGAGGGUUGCAUCUCUUCUUCCUAGUGUGGUCUCUUCCCCACUGAUGACUCCCCUCAAUGUACUUUGUGAAACUCCUCUGGCUGUCCCUGUCAAAGCUCCCUCACCAAGCCCCCUGCCGGUAGGUGAUGUGCACCAAGCAUCCUAUUCCUUGUUCAGUUCAGACCCGUGGAGGCUGCUGAGGGGAGAAUGGCUCAUAAUAAUGGCCGGAACGAAGCAAAUGGAAUGGCAUCAAACACCUGGAAACCAUGUGUUUGACGUAUUUGAUAUGAUUCCGCUCCAGUUAUUACCAUGAGCCCAUUCUCCACAAUUAAGAUGCCACCAUCCUCCUGUCGUUCAAACUCAGUAGGAAGGCUUUUUUUGUUUUGUUUUAGCUGGUUCAAUAUUUUAAUACUGCUUUUCGGUUUUAAAGGCUUUUGGCCUUUGUCACUCCUGCACACCAAAAUGUCCCCAAUUCAUGUUUAAUCACCUGUGACCAAAUCUUUCCUUAUAGGCCAGUGUAAGGAAGACGCCUUGUGCAUCCCCAAAGGUGUCUGCAGUGAAGAAAAAGGCUCAGAUCCUGGACUCUGAGUUUGACAACUUGGCAAAUCAGGUACACUUUCCAUAAAUUUCCUCACUCGAACCAAAAUGCACAAUGGGGGCUGACCCUUCUAGUCAUUAUUUUGGUAGUUCUUGGGAGGCAGAUACCUGGGCAGUCCUGAGCUGUGCUCUGUCUGUCACUAGCCCUCCCUAUAGCAUACCUGUUCUCUGAUGACCGGGGCGAGUUGAGUGAAAUCGCAACGGACAGAUACGGAGCAGACAACAAUUAUCUGCAUAGACAUGACUGAUUUGAGUCACAGAAGAAGGUAGUCUAUAUACCAUGCUGCUUAACAUGCCAGGCAUGCCUGGAGCAUAUUUUCAAUUGCCUUAGUAAUUGUGUGUUAGUUUGCAGAGGCUGUGACCACCAGCCCUGGCAACAGAAGUUUACGAGGACUUGCGCUAGGAGACUUACUCAGCACUCUUGGCACAGACCCUUUCUCCACCAGGAAGCAGAUUCCACGGACCCCAGAGAGUUUGAGUGCGUAUUGGACUUUAUUUGAUGUACUUUGAAAGGCAGAAUGCUCUUUCACCAGUUUUGCUUUUUGUUGGGCAGAGGAGUAAUGUUUUUUUUAUUAUCAUCAGUUCUGGAUGUGAAGAGUUCCUGGCGAAGGGCGGUGGAGGAAGGAGAGGCUCAGAAGGCCCGUCUGUCUGGUAAGUUUGACGGUGACUGCAUCCUCCGGCACCUCACGCCCCUCUGCGAGGUACAGGAGACCUCCCUCAGCCCUGACGUGCACUCCCUGAGCAAGAGCCUGGAUACUGCCACCAACGUUUACAGUAUUGCAGCUCCCCAGCAGGCAUCGCUCAUGUCCACCCUGCCCUGGGACUCCUCCAACAUGGAGGCUCUCCAUAGCCUGAGCAGUAGCGACGUAGUCCAGUUCAGCAUUGACCAAGAGGCAUUCCCAGAGCAGUUCAGUAUAGAUCAGGAGACUCUCCCUGAGCUGCCUGCCAAUGACAGCAGCUUCCUGAGCUCCAGUGACUCCAGGGACACAUCCAACGCAGAGGAGGAAGAGCUGCUCCUCCCCCACAUCCCCUCCCUCCUUCCCACAGAGACUGAGCCAGCCCUACUGGUCGCACACAGGCGUCUGGACAAGAUCCAGCAAGCCUUUAGAGAGGCCUCCUUCAUGGACCGACACCAGGGGGUGCAAGAGCCCUUUCCCCCACAGCAUGACGAGAGGAGCCUGGAUUCCAGAGACUGGCUGAUGGCAACGUCACUGGAGACUGCAGCCACAGUUGAAGUAACGGACAAGGUCUUUUCUCUGGAUCUGGACAGUCUAGAGAGCCCUUCACCACCAAGAAAAGAGCAGUUUAGCCUCUCGCAA